CUUACGCUGCGAACACUCUGAAACCAUGGUACAAGGCACAAGACAGGAAAGUAAUUUCCAACGAUGACACCACCACCUCAAGCAUCCAGUCCUCACCACCGUUUGAGAAAGACUUGGGAUGAUUUUAAUCGAGCCUUGAGAUCUCCUGAACCAUUCAACCCUUUUGUUUGGGUGUAUCGACUGUCUGCCGCUGGCCUGGAUUACUGCUACUGCCAAAGCGGACUGAGCCAGGUUGUGGCAAGAUAUCAACUCCAGAAACGAUGGACCUCCUUAAUACCACUCUUUGUGUUGGGCUUGGUGUUGUUUCUGUUAUUGCUCCAUUUUAUUUCCAUUCGGAAAAUGAUCCAAGAACGAUGGUGCGGGAGCAACAACAAUGACAACUGCUGGGCAGCAAUUUCUCAAGACGCCUGUGUCACCUACUUUGCCCUUAUGAUUCUCUUUUUUUAUUUCAAGACAAAUCUUACAUCUCCUGGUGUGGCAUUGCCGUCGUCGUUGCAGAAUCCAAAUAAUUCUCAACCAGCAGUCUGGAAAUCCACAAACAAUCGGGGAGGAUUCUAUGGCAGCUGUGGAUACCCAAAAUUGGAUCCGGUGGCAGAAAAGCACAGAGUGGCGCUCUACGGUCCCGCCCUGAAGAAUAAUGCAAAUGCCACAACCAAACAACAACAACAACAACAAAAGACGAGUAGUGCUACCACUACUACUGAACUCCCGACUCUGUUUCCGAGCCCGGAACCUUCGUAUUGUGACAAAUGCAACAUUACGCGUCCCCCACGAUGCCACCAUUGUCGUGUUUGCAAUCGAUGCGUCUUGCAAUUCGAUCACCAUUGCCUGUGCGUCAACAAUUGCAUCGGAUACAACAAUUAUCGAUACUUCCUGGCUCUUCUCAUCCACAUUGUGCUGGCUUGUUGGUAUUGCCUUGCCGUCAUGGUUGUGCCAUUCUACGAGCUGAUACGGAAGGAACAGGCGAGACAAGAAGCGGAAUACUCGAAUCCAGCAUCAGCAGCAGAAGAAGAAGAAUAUGUCAAUUUGGCCUUGGAGAGGCUCUAUUGGUAUGUUGCCAGGAGUCGAUUGUUUGAAGAUGUACCGGCAGGUCCAGUGGGACUCUUGGGGCUCAUUAGGAGUGAAGAGGGGUUGCCUUGGACAGUUUCCAUCAAGAUUGCAUAUCCAUUCCUCUUGGGAGUGGGGGUGAUCAUGUCCGUGUUCUUGGGAUAUCAUCUCAAGUAUGUCAGCAGGGCCAAAACCACAUUAGAGUACAAGAUUGUUUUGGAUGCCACACUCUCUUCACUGAUGGAACAAUACACAACAACAGAAACAAAAUUCAAACUAGGAGCCACGGCUCAAAAUCCUUUUGAUUGUGGAUGGAAAAAGAACAUCUAUCGCAUUGUCGGGGACAAACCAUGGCUGCUAUUCCUUCCAGUCAGUGUGGACCCUCCGAGUCCUUUUGUUCCUCAUCAACCGGCAAGGCGCGACUCGAAAAAGGCGAAAUAAUGAGC